AAUUAUAAAUAUUCUUACUACUGUAUGUUACUAGAAUUAUGCUAAAUUUUCUUUUUGUGACGUCUCAUGAGACAACGUGUAAAAGUAAUAACCUUCUCGCGUACGGCAGUAAGGUUAUUACUUCUAUCAAUUAGAAGCCAAGAAAUAAGCUCUCAAGCAUAAGUGGAUCUAAAUAAAAAAUAAAUAACAAAAAUUUCCUAGAUAAUAUGUAAAACACAAUUUUUCAGCUGUAAUAAUAAAAAUUUCACAAAAAUGAGAUAAAUGUAAUAUGGAUAUUACUAAUUUGAUCAGAUCGGUCCGAUGCAGAGAACCAAUCUGGAACCGUCAGCAUCCUCAGUAUAAGGACAGGGAAUAUUCCAUGUUCCUAUGGUCUCAGGUAGCUUCAGAAGUCGGAGUAGAUGUGGAAACUGCGAGGUAUAAAUGGAGAGGGUUGCGAGACACAUUUCGAGUACAGCUGAGAAAAUUGAACCAACCACAAGCCAAGAGGCCGAAAAGUCAAUUGCCUCAGAAGUGGGAAUAUUUUGACGAAAUGAAUUUCGUCAAAGAGCAGAUCUACAUCGAUGUCAACAGGAAGAAAUACUACGACAAAGAGAAGAUGAGUGAAAUCAAAGACGACGAAGACGAGUCAAAAGACGAAGGCGAGGAGGAUUUCGAAGAGACGGAGAAAAGUGACGAAGCCGCCGAAGACUACCAAGGCCUCGCCGAUUUCUGCAUCACCGAGGUCAGGGAGGACACGGGAUGCCUCGAGUUCGAUUAUAACGACGAGAGAAACUCUGAUGUUUCAGAAGAGGAGUUGACGUUACUUAACAAACCGCAUAUGAACUACCUGCUCCAGAGGAAACUCAGAUCCCUUCAAGACGACAACUACUGCUUCCUCAUGAGCGUGCUUCCACAACUCAAAUCACUUCCGAACAAAGAGAAACUCUACAUACGAAUCAAAAUUCAAGAAAUGUUAUUAGCUGAAAUAUUAAAUCUAGAAAACCAAAAGUAACGCAUUAUUUAUUUAAAACGUUUGAUCUCAUUUGAUGAUAUUUAAGACUUCUUUUUUAUUUAUUUAUUUAUUUAAUUUACGCUUAUUUGGAUUAAUGUAAAAUUAGUUGUACAAGUAUAAAAAGCUUUAAUAGUUACAAUAUUACAAACCUUUUAAAGCCAGGGGCAUUGAAUUUAAUUCAUGUAUUACAAAUUGUAGCCACAGAAUGUAUUCUGUGAACCCAGGCCUUAAGAGGAAAAUUAUUAACGAAAAAAACCAAGAACAACUACAAAAAGUUCAACUAUAAAGUUUUCAUUUAAGUCAAAGCAUGUAGUUGUAAGAAUUUAAAUAAAUUCCUUGAUAUGUUUCUUUAAUACAAAAAUUUACUUUGACUGUAGAAAAACUGUUCUUCUAUUCACUUUGAUAGAUAAUUUGUAAUUGCUUAUUACAUUUUAUUAUUUUAAAAUUUAUAUAAAUCAAAAAAAUUGCCAAAGAUUUAUGUUUAAAUUUUAAACCAAUAACAAUACGUCUAGCAAGGUAAAAGGUUAAGAAAAGGAAAACGAUAAUCGCACAUCACCAGAAGUUUAUCUUUAAUAUAAUUGUAGAUCCGUCCAUUUAUUUAUUUAAACAGUACUUUCAAAAUAAAACUUGUGCAAUUACAAAAUACCACAUUUCAAUUGUAUCUUUGGGUACAAAAGUACAUUAUUGAUUUGAUCACAGUUAUCUUUUAUAAUUAAGGAUCCUGAGUGUAAUAAAAUGUAUGUUUUGAUACAUUGUAUUUUUUAAAAUAAAAGUCCAUUUUAAAUUAUUAUUUGUGUUUAAAUAAGGAGAAAAAAGAACGGGAUUUGACUUGAAGAUGGGAACCUAUGUAUUGUGACUGAGUGUAUACAUAUAUAUUUUUUUUCCAUA